AUGAAGCUGAUUGCUCCUAGAUUUUAUGAAGAUCUUUUCAAUCAAACUACAUAUUGGAAUGUGUUUCCUAAAGUCACAGUGAAGAAAAUACUUACUUUUGAAGCUAAGCAAUGGUUAGUGAAGGAAAUCAAUCACAAGGAGAUUAAAGAGGCUCUUUUCCAAAUGAAUCCAGAUAAGGCUCCAGGACCAUAUGGUUUUAACGCUUAUUUUUAUCAACACAAUUGGAGUUUGAUCAAGGAUGAUGUGAUUCUAGCUGUGAAAUCUUUUUUCUCUUCAGGCAUAUCUAGUGGGUCUCUUCCUGUAAAAUAUCUGGGGCUUCCUUUAUCUAUCAGUUAUCCUAAAGCAAAAGAUUUUCUCCCACUUAUUGAUAAAGUUAGGAAAAAGAUUGAGGGCUGGAUGACAUACUCUUUAUCUUUUGCUGGAAGGAUUGAACUCAUAAAAUCAGUUCUUUUUAGUACAAUAGCAUAUUGGUAUUUUGUCUACAAACUUCCCAACUCAACUGUUCGCAGUUUGGAGUCAAUUUUUGCUAACUUUCUUUGGAAGGGUAAGUUACAUGCUAUCAACUGGAAGGAUAUCUGUCGUCCAAAACAAGAAGGAGGAUUUGGUUUGAGGAAAUUAAAUGAUCUCUGUCUUGCUGCUGCCCUUAAAUUGAUAUGGAGACUUCUUUCUACUUCUACUCUAUGGUCUAAUUGGAUGAGAGCAAGAUAUGUCAGGGGAGGUAAUUUUUGGGAUACUCCUGCACAUGCUUUGGACUCUGGAACUUGGAAGUUUUUAUCAGGUAUUAAAUCUAAAGCUAUGUGUUGCAUAAGGAAAUCUAUUGGUAAUGGUGAAUACGCUACAGGAAAUCCUUUGAAGGCAUAUCAAGUGGGUCUCUACCUCGUAAUAAUUAUUUGGGGCCUACCUUUAUCUUUCAAUUAUCCUAAAGCAAAAGAUUUUCUCCCACUUAUUGAUAAAGUUAGGAAGAAGAUCGAGGGUUGGAUGACAUACUCUUUAUCUUUUGUUGGGAGGAUUGAACUCAUAAAAUCAGUUCUAUUUAGUACCAUAGCAUACUGGUAUUUUGUCUAUAAACUCCCCAACUCUACUGUUCGCAGUUUGGAGUCAAUUUUUGCUAACUUUCUAUGGAAGGGUAAGCUACAUGCUAUCAACUGGAAGGAUAUUUGUCGUCCAAAACAAGAAGGAGGAUUUGGAUUGAGGAAAUUAAAUGAUCUCUGUCAUGCUGCUGCCCUUAAAUUGAUAUGGAGACUUCUUUCUACUUCUACUCUAUGGUCUAAUUGGAUGAGAGCAAGAUAUGCACCGGCCCAUGCUAUGGACUCUGGAACUUGGAAGCUUUUAGCAGGUAUUAAACCUAAAGCUAUGUGUUGCAUAAGGAAAUCUAUUGGUAAUGGUGAAACAACUUCUCUAUGGUUUGAUCCAUGGAUUCUUGAAGGCAGGCUUUCGGACAUUCUGCAGCAAAUAAACCCACAUCUCACAGGCACAAAAAAUUGGUCAGUAUCUCACAUCAUUCAAAACUCUCAAUGGCAUGUUGAUUUACCAUGCCUUUUUCCAAUAAUUCAUCAUAUCUCAAAUAUUCAAAUAACUGGUCAAGAUGAUCACUGGAUUUGGCUACCAAAUGCAAAUGGGAAAUUUACUUUUGCGUCAGCAUGGGAUCAAGUAAGAACCUCUUACUCAAAUUUUGAUCUUUCAAAUGUGGUCUGGUUUCCUUCCUCAAAUCCUAAGAUGGCUUGUUGCUUGAUUAAAAGUUUAUAUAAUAGAUUAGCCACUAGGGACAGACUGUCCAGGUUUGGAAUUACAUCAGCUGUGGAGUGUGUUCUCUGUUCUGGUGGGAUUGAGUCAAGAGAUCAUCUUUUUUUCCAAUGUUCUUUUUCAGCAUAUAUCUGGAAUCUCUGCAAACUCAAACUUCAGCUUGAUGCUACGGUCAUAAAUGACAUUAGAACUGAAGCUCUAGAUAUUCAAUCCAAGUUCAAGAGGAAAGACAGAACGUAUAAACUGUCAAGAAUGGUUUUAAGUGCAGCUGUCUGGCAUAUAUGGCAAGAAAGGAAUAGACGUAUAUUUCAUGCUACCCAGUUGCACAAGUUGAUGGUAUUUAGGCGACUCUAUGAGGAUAUAAAUGUCUUGCUUAGAACCUGUACAUGGAAGACUGGUAACAAUACUAUCCUUGCAAAUUGGGAAUCCGCAGAGACUUGUAAAUAA